CUCAUACGUUACGCUUUGUUUAUUGGUCUAAUGAUGUAAUGCUUACUUUAUAAAGAAUAGCUUCUGAAGCAUAUGCGGACUGUUUGGAGAAACCAUAGAGGUGCCUGGUUUCUGUGCAACCUUGACACUAAAAACAGAGACCUCUUUACAUGGCCCGUCGCACGGCAAAUAAAUAGCUGCAGCAUACUUCUUUGCGAUUGGAUAAAAACUGUCCCUUUUAGUAAAUGCCAACGGAUAUAAACUACUUAACCUGUCUAAAAUUGCAUCUUUUCCGGUUCGAGCUGUCACAUGAAUAAUGCCGAAGACACCAGGCUAAGACCUCACUAUAUCUGCGCUGAGUGAUGGUUUCAAAGACGUAAAAAAAUCUGGCCUAUUCAAUAUCGCAUGGAUAAUCAUACAAAAUGCAGAUACCUAGCCCUAAGGAGACAUAUUACUAGGCUACAUCCACUGCUUCUCAACUUACGCGAGUCCUCGUAAACGGCGCAACAAGCUUAAUUUUCUCCGUAACACUUUCGUUGUCGUAUAACUCAGCCGACGCUUUAAACCUGCCCGGGUGUUUUUGGAAUAUAAGCUUAAGCGAACUAGGAUAUAUCAAGUAAGACUAGUAAAUAAAAAUUGUCUGCGUGAGACCUGGUUUUUAUGCUGUAAAAGACCUCCGUCGCAAGUGAGCUGGCAGUUUAUAUUUGUUCAGAGAUGGGUCAUCCUCUGUUGGGGUAGGGGAAUUUGACUCUAUCCAGACCAAAAUGGAACUGUUCGUAAGGCGGUUUUCAGUUGCCU